UUAAUGUACACCUACCCGAGUUUAGUUUCUUGAAGUCGGCUAAGUUAUAAAGGCGGACAUGUUAACGUAAAUAGAAAAAUAAGUUUACACACCUGCAUUACAAAAUUGGAUCGAAGUCUAUUUUGAUAAGUUUUAUCAGAUACAGCGAAAUAUUUUAGUUUAAUUAAUACGAAAAAGAAGAUGUCGAGCGAAAAACAUAAAAAUGGCGAUAUGUCUGUUUCAGAUCAUGAGGACACUAGCGGAUCUAAGUUUUAUGUUGUGUUCUUAACGAUGUUUGCCACCAUAGGUGGCCUUUUAUUUGGAUAUGACACGGGUAUCAUCUCAGGAUCAAUGUUAUUGAUGAAAGACUACUUCAACCUGACUACUGUAUACCAAGAGGCUAUAGUUAGUGCUACUAUUGGUGCAGCAGCCUUAUUUGCGUUAAUUGCUGGUAUUAUCACUGAACGUUUUGGAAGAAAGGUGGUAAUUAUGAUUGCAAGUUUUGUUUUUACUGGUGGUGCUAUAAUGAUGGCAUUGUCAAACAGCAAGGAGAUUUUACUGAUAGGGCGCCUAGUUGUUGGAGCUGGAAUAGGUUUUGCGUCGAUGUCAGUGCCAAUUUAUGUAGCUGAAGCUGCCCCAGCAUCAAUACGAGGAGCGCUGGUAUCCCUUAACCAACUGUUCAUCACAAUAGGAAUUCUUCUGUCGAGUAUUGUAGCAGGAGCUUUCAGUGGGGACAAAGAAAAUGGCUGGAGAUAUAUGCUUGGCAUAGCAGGUGUGCCAAGUAUAAUCCAGUUCGUUGGAUUUUUCUUUUUACCAGAGAGUCCAAGGUAUCUUGUUAACAAAGGGAAGGUAGAAGAAGCUAGAAAAAUUUUGGAAAAGUUGAGAGAUUCACCAAAUGUUGACAAUGAAAUGAGAGACAUAGAGAAAUCUGUAAAAGAGAGUAGAGAAUUUGAGCAGUCAAACGUGUUUGCAACAAUUGGAAAAAUGCUUGGUAAUCAGCCCGUAAGAAAAGCAUUACUUCUAGGAUGUCUUAUGCAGUUUUUUCAACAGCUAUGUGGAAUAAACACAGUCAUAUACUAUAGUGCCAGUAUUUUGAGAAUGUCAGGAUUUCCGUCAAAAUUAGCAAUCUGGUUAGUCUGCGUGCCGUUUGCUGUUAACUUCCUUGCAACAUUUAUUGGAAUAUAUUUGGUUGAGCGAGCCGGAAGAAGAAUAUUGACAUUGGGUAGCUUCGUUGGUAUAAUCAUUGCACUGAUUGUCCUAGCUGUUGGCUUUCAGUUAUCAGUUAUCCAUACGCCACCUGUUGCACUUAAAAACGAAACCUAUGGCUUGCCAAGUAAAUGUGAAUACUCGAAAUGCGAUCCUUGUGUCAGGAAUAAAGAUUGUGGGUUUUGUUAUAGUAAAGACAACCCAACUACUACAGGGUCAUGCCUUCCCGUGUAUUCAGAUCACCCUGAAAGAUAUGCAGAUCCAAAUUUCACAUAUCAAAAUGAUACUGGUAAUUUCUCCAUAAAUUUCCGGUGUAAUAAAGAAAACUACGAGCAUGAUAUGAAAGGUUUUACAUGGGCAGAUAACUAUUGUCCAACUGAAUACUCUUGGAUGGCUGUGUUAGGUCUAGCAUUGUUUGUAAUAGGGUUUGCACCAGGACUGGGUCCUAUGCCAUGGACAGUUAAUUCGGAAAUAUACCCAAUAUGGGCCAGAGGAACUGCAAUUUCAAUAAGUACUGCCGUAAACUGGAUAGCCAAUCUAAUUGUGUCUUUCACAUUUUUAUCACUACUUGAAUCCAUAACUACAUAUGGAACAUUUUACUUGUUUUGUGGAAUAUCUGUAUUAGGAUUGAUAGUGUUAUACUUCAUGUUACCAGAAACCAAGAAUAAAACACUAGAGGAAGUUGAACAAUUGUUCAUGUCGGAGGAGUAUAGAAGUCAACACAAGAAAUACAUGACAUAUGAAGCAAAGGAUAAUCCCGCUUUUGCAGGCGAAAAAUUGUAAACAUUAAACUUAAUGCAAGCCCAUUUAGAAACAUAGUGUCAUGUCAAAUAUUGCACUCCCAAUUUUGUUAAUAGUUUUGGACAGUUUUAGCAGCCGUUCAUGUAACCAGACAAUUUUUUCUUCUACUUGUAAAAUGGAACCUUUCAAUGAAGCUGAAUAUUUAAAGAAUACAAAAGCAUAAAAUUCUCUCUAGAAGCCGUUAUACAAAGAUAAAACUAUAACAGAAAGAAAGCAAUCGUUGUUGUCAAGCUCUGUCAGCAUCUAUAGCAUCGGGAAGUACAUAAAUUUCGUCGCUAUAAGUUGCUACAUUGAAGUUUAUGAAAUCAAUCUGCUGUAAAUCGACGUAUAGCUUAUUGGUUUUAAGUUUGUAGGUUUGUAGGUUUGUAGGUUUUGUAAAUAAAUCUAGUACUAAACACGACAUCAUAAGUUUGUCGGAAAAUCUUUUUUUUUUAAAUGGUGGCUUCCGAUAGUUACUACCUGGUAAAUUGGUAUUUAAAUACUUUGACCGCGCUAGUGAAAUAUAUGUUCCUUGUCAGUUCUAUGUGCAUAUGUGUCAAACGUUAGAGUAUAAACAACGAAAAUUUACCCAUCAAACUACAGAAAUUUUUUUAAAGUCAUAACUUCAACUACUUGAAUACAAAUUAUUACAUAUAAGUUUUAAAGGACCUUAGCCAUUAGAACAGGGAACUGCUAACCCCUCCGAAGCACCCAAGGUCAUCCCGAUUAAUUGGUGGGGUUCGUGUUGCGUAAUUCAAAAUGUAAUGUAAUACCCCGCCUCUUCUUACAGUAGCAAAUUGAGUUAACCCAACGACUUAAAGCGGGGAAGUGAUUAACCAUUCAUGCUAAUUAGUGACUUUUUGAAUCAAAUAGAAAUUAAUUUUCUAAAAUACAUUUAUAUCUGUUCUAGCUUAUAUGAAUAUGGUCAUUAUCAUAUAAGAUAUAAGAUAGGAGCAAAAGGACAUUGUUUCAUGAUUAAUGAGAUAAAGUAAAUUUUUACUAACUAGUGAGAACUAUAGUAACACCAUUUUAACAUGGUCGGUAUUGAUUUAAAACGAAACGAAAUAUGUCGACUUUAGAAAAUAACUUCUAAAUGUGACUUGCUUAACUCCCAGGAACUUUUGGCAUUGAAUCCUCCUUCUUAUCUUUUUUAAAAGAUAUUUUGUUGUUUUCAUUAUAUCAAAAUUUCUUAAAUAUUUCAGGUUUUUUGUUAUUUGAUGUGUUCUUGCUCCUAUUUAUACUAUCGUACAAUAACAGAAUAAUGGUAUGAAAAGGAGAAAGAACACAAUAAUGAAAUGAAAAUAAGUUGAUAUUAGACGAAAUUCUGAUUCUGAAAUAGUAAUUUAAACACUAAAAAAAAGUCCAUGCAAAAUAUCGCAGACUUGCAGACAAUAAUGUCGUCAAUAUGAAACGCUUGAAAUUUAUUCUUUUGAAGACAAUAUAACAGAUACACCUAGAUUCAUACAAUAUGUAAAGAUAAAUAAUUCAUUUAGCAGCUCGUACCGGUUUGGGUUCGGAGAUUUGGCUGUGUACUCCUGAGAAGGAAUUUAGAACUUAUUUGAAAAAUACCAAUAUAGUACAGUUACUGUACAAACACUCAUAUGGUACGGCCCGUUAGUAACCACACGAGUGUAAAGGUAUAAACCAGGGGCGGAUUCGGCUAUUUUUAAAAGUGAGGUUUUAUACUCAUGAUAAAAGCCAUGUUAAAACAAUAUUUCCCAAAUGAAAAGCAUUGAUCGUCUAAUAAGGGGGUUCCAACAUCCGAAACCGCCCCCUAUAUACUCAUAUGGUCAUGACUAGACGCGUAUGGUUCAAAUUUUCAAAUGUUUCGGAUCAUAUCCACGGUAACAUAAUACUACAUUAGCUUGUUGGAUAAACAUAAAUUUUUUGACUUGGAUACUUUAUUGUAGCUUUUCAGAUGUUCACAUUAGCAAUUUGUUGUAUAAUCUUUUCGUAUCUUGUAUACAUACGAAAUAUUGAAAAUUUUAGAUCUAAAUAUUUGACAUCAAAUUACCAUCAUUGUACACGUGUUUUGUAGUUUUUGAAUUUAUCUUGAAAACUAUAUUAGAAAAAGAGAGACUGUAAUAGAAAAUAUCUAACCGUGUAAACACAGUCAUGUUUGUUAAUCUAAAUUGAUGUUAUUUUGUUUGUUUGUCUUGGAAAUGUUUUUGUAUUCCAAAGUGUACUUUUUUUUUUUAAAUAGUUAAAUGCAUAAUCAGAAAAAUUAUUAGAAUC